GUUAAAACAAUUCUCUGUUUUUCUUCCUCUAAAAUCUUUACAGAUGCAACAAAAUUCCUCCUUACUACCAAAUAAUCGAUCUACAUCUUUUCUCACCAUGUCGACACCAACACUCUAUACUGGCAAGUCAAUUACGGAUGCCUUAGCUACGGAACUUCUUGUCAUUAUCUGCGAAUAUCUUCCUCGCGAGGACUUGAUCAAUUUUCGAUUGGCGAACAAAGUUUGUGCCGAAGUCACGUCUAAAAACCUCGUUCAAGAUUUGCAUGUCAUAUUCACAGAGAAAAGUCUCAGUAACUUGUUGAAUAUAUCCAAACAACCAAAUCUUUCGAGAAAUGUCAGAAGCAUAUUGUAUGAGCCAUAUACCUUGCGAGCUCUUUGUGAGAACGAAUAUGUCUAUCACAUAGAUAAGAAGUUAAAUCUUAUGCGUCCUGAUGCAGAAGAAGAAGACGAAGACCUAAACAAGGGAUGGAAGCUGUACAACCAAAUUCGCAAACGUGAAUUGUACUUGAACACGUUGAAUUACGAUAUCUCUGUCUUCGCACAAGCUGUCCCAAAAUUCUCAACUCUCAACACGAUUGUCGUGGAUGACGCUGGACUUCCAUCUGAUCGAGUCAUAAACUCUUACAACCGCAAGGCACAUCUUUGUAAGAAGAUGUUCAGCUCUGGAUCAAGUGGUAGCUAUACUGCCUACAAACCAGGGAUGUCGCAUGAGCUACUUCUUGCUGCUAGCCUUGCCGGUGCACCACUGACUACUUUCAGAGCCACAGCUCUACCUUUGGCAUUUUUCAACGCGAUGCCAAUGAGAAGUGACUAUGUGGCUCUUUCAGCGUUGCAGAAUGUUAAGCAUAUCGACAUUACCAUCAACGUCAACGAAGAAGAAUGGCAAGCCGGCGUCAAUGUAGUUGUUCCUCGCCUUGCACAAUUUUUGUCUCUCGCCUCUAAUCUCGAAACUCUUCGUAUCGAUUUGGGGAAUCAUAAAACAAGAUCAAUGGUGCCAAUUCCUUUGGAUGUGGUAAUUGGAUGCACAGGUAGUUUCCCAAAGUUACGCAGUCUCAACCUUCGUCAUUUCUCGUGCACCGAAGUCUUUUUCUCAGAGUUUCUUCAAAAACAUGCGGAAAGACUGGAACAUUUGGCACUUGACACAAUGACGAUGGCCGACACUUGUCCUGGUUGGGGUAGUGUUUUCAACACACUUGAAACUAAUUUGAGACUCAAGUCUUCUCAAUUCACUGGUCUUUGGUAUGAGGGGCAGGAUGAUGACGAAGACAUAGCUUGUCCAAUAAAGCUUUCCGCAUCAUACCCUGGAACUUUGUCAAGUUCUCUGGGCAAAGUACUACAGCACCGUGUCGUCAAGAAGUGUAUGCCGGUGAGAGGCAUAUAUAUGACCAUGGAAGAGAUCUGGGAGGCCGCCACGAGAGAGUCAAAAAAAAGGGGAUAUGAAACUCCUAGUGAUGAUGAUUCUGACGAUAGCGACGAUUCUGGUUUUUACGAUGACGAUGAUGAUGAUGACGGCUACUUUGAUGAUGAUGACGAAGAAGAUGACGAUGAUGAUGAUAGUGUUGAGGUUAGCGAUGAUGAUGAAGACAGCGAGGAUAGUGAUGAUGAUGAAGACGAUGAGGGUAGUGUUGAUGACGAAGAGGAUGAUAGUAGUGAUGGUGGAGACGAGGUUAGUGAUGAUGAUGACGAUGACGAUGAGAAUAGCAUUGAUUGAGAAUGCUCAUUUCGAUAAUUCUUCUAACGAGAUGUUAUAAUGUGGCUCUGGACAUACACAAAACAGGGUUCGCAUGGAGAAUACUAUAAUCUAGGAUUCUUUAAUAUCUCUUAAAUAUAGCCAAUUGUAAAUUUCCGAGUGAUUGGUUCAUACUAUGACAAUAUCGGGAGUUGGUUUGCAUUGGAGUAGAUGAAAAUUGCUGGCUUCUCAUCA